UUCCAAUCAAAUCCGUUCUGCUCAACCUGCACCAAGAAGACUCACCCUGAACACAGAUCCCAGAGCAGCACGCCACUCCAAAAAUUCCCGGCUCGCGCCCGCUAAACUAGCCUGGGCGAGCGCACGCAACGUAAUCUGAUUAGUGCACAGGCAGGAUUACCCACAGAAGCAGAUGGAGCUGUGAGGUGGUCGUCAAGGUUUAUUUUGAGCCAAUGAGAGCAAGAUGAAGGCGGAUUAAAUCGCACAUUGUCCAAGCCUAAUGUGCAGACGUUUCGGAAUUUUUGACCAAGCAAGGUGGUUUAUACUGGCUGCUUGUGGAUCGUUGGUGUGAUGUCCCCCAUGGCGGACGAAACGGCGGGGGACCUCCCGGUAAGAGACGUGGGUCUGAUGAGGGGGGGACUCAUGCCAGCUGCUGUCCCAGAGGCCAUAAGUGACGUGAAGCCGUGGAAGAAGCAUCACAUCAUGAUUACGAAAGAUCCUCAGCGGGUUUUUCGCCUGCCCAGGGAGCAACUGGAGAAUCUUUGCCUCAACGUGCAAGAAGAAAAUGUGGUGCUGAGAAAUCACACACGAGCGCAGGAGCAGAAGAUGCGCAGGAUGUCCACGAGGCUGAUGCGUCUCCGUCAGGUGGGGACGUGUCCCGGCAGCGCCAAGGAGAAGGACAUGGAGGACGACCUGCAGGAGUUGGAAAAUCGCGUGGCCGCGCUGGAGAGCCAGAAAGUCGUUUUACGCAACAAACUCAGCCUGGCCAAGCAGCACAUUCUGGACCUGGGGGGUCGCACGCCAUACAGGUUCAGCAAAGGUACAAAAAGUACAGAAGUGGAUGGGGUAGCCAGCAGAGCGGCCCACACAGCCCCGCCCCGCUACUGUCCCCCGAUGGAGGACACCAGAGGAGACGCGGACAAAUUCAGUGCGGGUGAGCAGAUGAGGGUGAUGGAGCUGGAGCUGACCGCCCGGACCCUGCGGGAGACGCUCAGAGAGAAAGAGAAAGAGAUGGAGGGAACCGAGAGAGAGAUGAAGAGGCAACAGUCGGAAAGGCACAGGAUAAACAUCAGAGAGAACGUGGACGUCAUCGGUCUCCAAAAACAGCUUUCCGAGAAGAGCGUCGCCCUGAGGGUCACGCAGGAGAAGAUGGCCGAUCUUCAACAGGCCUAUGAGAACCAACUGGAGGAGAGUCAGAGGUCCCAGCGUGAAAGUCAGACUCUUCUUUUGGAGAAAGUGGAAGAACUGAGCGAGCGGCUCAAGCAGGAGCGGCACAGAGCGCUGACGCUGGAGGCCGAGCUGACGACUGCCGGCGUGUCUCUGCAGAACCUGGACAAGCUCCAAGAGCGCAUCGCCGACCUGGAAGGAGAGAAGGAUCGGAUCAAAGAAAACUACGACUCCCUGCUUGAGAGUACUUUAUCGACUUAUAAUGGACGUGUCGGCCACGCGGACAAACGUAUCGAGGUCGACGUGCAGAGGGAGGAGCCGGAGGACGCGACGUGCAGGAUAGACAACCAGAUCUUGACGGCAGCGCUGCAAACCGAGAGGGAGGAGAGAGACCGACUGCGAUCAGAGGCGGAGAAGCUCAGACAAGAGAAGGAGACACUGGAGAGGCAACAUCACGCCAAAGUGAAAGAUUUGGAUGAGGAGAUUCUUCAGUACAAAGGAGAGAUAUCCUCCCUGCAGAACAGACUGGACUCGGUCACCAAGGAGUUCGACAUGAGCGACGAAGAGCUCAGCCAAACGCUUUUGCAGAUCAAGGCCUUCCGGAUGCAGCAGGAGAGCAGGGAGGGUUUACGUUUCCUCGGGCCCGACGGCGGCACGGAAGACCCCGAGCGCACCGACAUGCAGGCAUUACACGCCGAGACCGUGCUGGAGCUGCAGAAAACCAGGAGCCUCCUUUUGCUGGAGCACCGCAUCAGUAAAGACCUUCAGAUGGAGCUGGACACGAUCAAGGAAAGGCUGGAGACAGAGAGGGCGCAGGUGAGGAUGGCAAUGGCGGAGAAAGACCAAGUUUUAUCCAAAAGAGCUUUUCAGAUCAACACUUUACAAGCCCGGUUGAAAGAUUUUGCAUACAGUACCAAGAACCGCAAAGGGACCGUGCCCAUACAGUACACGUGGCCAGCAAGUGAGCAGGAAGUAGGCCAAGGCGUUGAGGAUGACGUUUCAUGCGCUCCCCCGAGGCUCGGAGAGUCCCUCUUGGAACUCCACAUCAAGGCUGCCACCUUUACCCCAGGCGGCCUUCGGACGAUGGGCAACCUUCACGCAGACCGAGCUGAAGACACCGUGACCUUCUGCACCUACAGCCUUUUGGACUUUGAAGUUCACUCCACGCCUCUGGUGGCGGGAAGCCAGCCCAACUAUGGCUUCACUUCGCAUUACGCUUUGACGGCCCGUGAUCUGGGCAGGCUGCGGGUGCAGGGCGCGAGGGUCCGAGUGGAGCUCCACCAGGCAAUAGGCGGUGUCCGCUUUGUGACGCACGGAAGUGGCCACUUGUCCCUCAUGGGGGCUAUGGAGAGGAGAGGGGAGCGCGCCAAUGGCCGGGUCAACAUCACAGGCUCUGAGGGGGAAGUCGUCGGUGUGGUGGAUUUCUGGGCGCGCUUGUUCCCUCCAGCAGAGCCCCUGGAGGGCAUGGCGGCAGGAGACGGUGAUGGGAUCACAGCAACACAGAUGAUACCUGCUCACGUCACUCUGGGCUGGCGAGAAGGCGGCCAUGCACAGGAGUUGUACGACUACGGCGGCGGGAUCCCCAAUGCGUUGCUGCUGCUGCUUGACCAAUGCGAGGGCCUCAGCGGGCGAUGGCCCGGGCUACUUCCUGAUGCAUACCUGACCUACAGGCUCUACGACCUGCAGCCACAUGUGUCAAAAACCAUCCCGGGCACCGCCGACCCCGUAUUCCACGACGCUGCCAGCUACCCGCUUGCCGUCACAGCAGAUGUGUUGCGCUACCUGCGGUCGAGCAGUCUUUGGGUGUAUGUGUUUGAUGAGAGCGAUGAUCAGAUCCCGCCAGCCUACUUGGCUAAAACGCCCGUCCCGCUGAGAGCGCUUGCUACGGGCAAGGAGAUCACAGGCGAUUACGUGCUGCGCGAUCCUGCCGGGGGUCCUCGGGGAACAGUCAGAGUACUGAUUAAAUGGAAAUACCCCUUUCAACCGCCGCCGGAUGCCAUAGGAAGCAGUGAGCGGAGACGAGAAGAAGCACAAGGGUCACAGAGGCCCAUAGCCACGCCCAGGGUCAAGACGCAGACAUUUGUGCCAGGACAACCGAAAACAAGACAGAGGAAGACAAAAGCUUGUCCUGCGCCCGACUCCAUAAAACCGGUCGGCACCAAGAAAACCCACGAGGGGUCACCCGGCCUACCCGACAAGGGACCCUCUAUUGCGCUUACCGCGUCUUCUGAUUCGCCAAUGACAAAAUCUCCAGAAACCUCAUCCGGAGAGUCGCCGUUGAGAAAAAGCUCUGCGAGUGAGGGGGGCACUCUGAAUAUUCCCUCUGUGGAUGUGGUGUCAGUGGAUGAGGUGGAGGAACUGGACGAGGAGAUUGAUCCGUCAGAGUCUUCGCAUACCUCAACGAGUGACCUCUUCAUCGUGCCAUCCAAACCAAAGAAAAGACAGGGAAACAAACUGAGAGUGGAGAUCCUGUCCUUGACCUUUGAACCCUCCUCUCACGUGGCGCUGGACAAUUCGGUGCAGCGCGUCUUCGUGGAAUAUCGUUUGCUUGGCGUCCCCAUGGAGACCACCGAGACGCCCCUGUCCCUCCGCAAGCCCACGGCGGGGGAGGAGAUUCACUACAACUUCACACGAGUCAUCUAUGUGGAUGGGUCAUCGUCGGCCCCACUCAGACGGUAUCUGUACACCAUGUUGGAGGGCAGUGACCCCAAUAGGCGCCGGUUGAAGUUCACAAUCGUCAGUGAGCCGAUGGACGACGACGAGGAAUGUGCGGAUGUCGGCUACGCUUUUCUAGAUCUGCAGGAGCUGCUGCUGACAGGAAAUGAUGUCAUUGAACGGCAAAUUGACAUCGUGCGUGUGGAUGAAGAGCAGGAGGUGAUUGGAUUCUUGAAAGUGUCAGUGGAGGCAGCAAAAGCACUGAGCGGUAUAUACAAGGAGUUUCAGCAGCCAGAGGAGGAGGGCAGCGAGCAGGAAGAAGAGGAGGAGGAAGAGGAGCAGAAGGAGGAAAAUGACAUUAAAGUCAUUGAAGACGAUGACAGUGAUUUCUGAGGGG